CAUUUUUUUCUAUUUGCUUAUAAAAAUUGAUUGGAUAAUGUAAUUAAAAAAGCACGCUGUUGCAAUGGUAAAGUUUUUCUUUAAGGUCCCCACACACUGCCGAGGUGGCGGUAAAAUGAGUCCGGACACAAUUUACCGCCGCCGCUGCAGUGUGUGAGGACCUUAACGUGUUGUGAAAAUUUGGUAGUUUACAACAAAUAUGAUGCGAGAAAAGUUGUCCGGUCCAAAACAGUUUUUGCUAUGAUGUACACCUGUAAGACGGAGACAAUUAAUACAUGCGGGUGUGCCGUCCUCUUAAUCAAUAGAAUAUCUAUUAUCUACUAUACUACCCAACUGUAAUAGCAUAAUAAUUUAUAUCUUAUGGUUUUGCUUUGACGUCUUUAUCCCACGUCUUAGCCAUUUCUAUUUGCUACACCAAAAAUAUUGAUUGGUAAUAAUAAUGUAAAAAUAAAUUGUACUUUUGGCUAUACUGUUUUUCACCCACGUGCUCGAUAACAAGUAAUGCUAUCAUAAAUGAUACAAAUAAUAACAAUAAACAUUAAACAAUUAUAAUAUUAUCAUUACUGAACGUACUUACUAUCUAGAUUGAUAGUGUAUAAGUUAGUCUGUUCGUGCUCCGUUGACCGUUCGUGCCUUGUGGUUACUAAGUUUCUACUUCUUAGUUAACUUUACUACUUUACUGUUUACCACCGUCUGCCCGCCUGGAAAGUGUCUACCUAUUAUAAUUAUUGUUACAUUCUGUGUUACUGUUUCUAAGUUAUAAUUUACUGUUUAAAAUCUUUCACAAAAUAUUAAUUUGUAAAAUAGUGUUCAUGGUAUUAUAUAUUUUAACUAUGAUAUAAAAUGUUGAUAUAUAAGUACACUACCUCAAGAAUACUAAUUUCAAAAUCCAAGUCAAGGAAUAUUUAAUUUUAUACCUGUUUUCUUUUUUUGUUUUUAAAUAUUAUAAUGAUUUUAGUAAAUUGAGUUUUCAUUCAAUAAUAAUCCAUCUCGGUGAAAUUAUUAACGAUUACCUAUUUUUUACGUAAUUGAUAAAUGCCCCAUUUUAAUGUUAAGUAUAUUUUGAAUUGUAAUGUGUUUAGUGUUAGAGAUUAAUAUUGCUGCAACAUUGAUUCAGUGUAAUAAUAGUGUGGUACAUUAUUUUAAAAUUCUUGUACAAUUUAAACUAUUAAUAGCUUACAAAUUGUUAUUCCUGGUGAGUUUUUCAUAGAAAAAGCUAAUAUUAAAAUAUUAACAAUGUUAUAUUACAUAUAUAACUAACUAAUCCCGUGCACUUUGCUGCACGUUAAAAAUGCCAACUCUAUAUGAGACUCGAUGGUGAUGAUGCGAGCAGUAUAUUAUGUCUACCUACUGUGGAUUGAGGACUCCGCUUGAUGAUAAAUCGAUAUAAUAACAGUGCUAAACAGAAAUAUUUUGGUGAAGAUGCAUUUAAGUGUACUCAAUGUGGGCGUACAUAUCGUCGAAAGAAAAAUAUAUUUGGAUUCAGAAUGAUGGAAAGUUGUAUAACUGCCCAAACAAGAACUGUCACCGCAAUUAUAAAACUAAGCCAGGCUUAUACAACCAUUUAAAAUAUGAAUUUAUGCCAUUAUUAUUUAACCCAAAAUCUGGAAGAAUGAACAAAUACCCCGGUCCAUCUUCAGAUGGUCUUUUUUAUUGUACAAACCAAUGUGGAAAAAAAUAUAAAUCUAAACAAGCUAUCAGUGUUCAUAUGCGUUAUGAGUGCGGUGUGAAACCCAAGUUUUACUGUUCAGAAUGUAACAAAUAUUUUAAACAACCGGUUAGCUUCAAAGCACAUCAAAUGAAUGUCCACAAUCUAAUAGUUUGACAAUUGAACUUGAAAGUUGUAUUUUUUAUCUAUCAUCCAAGAUGAAGUAAUUUUAUUCAGACAUUUUUUUGCUGUUGUUUAUUCCAUUUACCACGUUAUUCGUGUGAGAAAUGUGGUAAUUCAUAUAAAUAUAAAGCAAACCUCCGUAGACAUGAAAUAUAUGAAUGUGGUAUUGAGAAAAUGUUCAUUUGUACAAUUUGUGAACGUAGAUUUCAUCAAAAAUCUAAUUUAAAUAGGCAC